AUGAUUUAGUUAAAGAGUUAAAAGUUUAAAAAUAAUUUUGUGUAAAUUUUAAAUAAAUAUUAAAUAAAAAAAACUUUUUAAUUAAUAUAAUAUUAGUUAAUGGAGUAAAAAAGAUAAUAAAAAAAAUCUAAUAAAAGCUAUUAAAUAAAUUCAUAAUUCUUUUUUGUUUUAUAUUCAUUUUUAUAGUUAAAAAUAUCAAAAUCCAAAACAAAUAAACUGUCUUUAUUUACUAAAGGUCAAGUGUCAAAUUUGAGAGAUUAAUGCAAUUUGCUAAAACAGAACCUAAGCCUGAUGCACCUAUUAUAGCAAUUAAAUUCAAAAUUUUUAAAUAUUGAAGAAAAAAUAAAAAAUUAAAAAGUUCAUUCGAAGGAAAAGAUGAAGAAAAAAUAUGAAAUAAUAAGAUUAAUUAAUUAAUAAUAAAAAAUAAGUUGA